UCUAACACGUCCGCAGUUGGAGAAUAAACAAAGGUCAGUUUCAACUGUAAGUCACACUCGUUCUCAAUCAAGUAUCUCUUCAACUACUACAAUGAGCGGCAGAGGCAAAGGCGGCAAGGGGCUCGGAAAAGGAGGCGCCAAGCGCCACCGCAAAGUUCUUCGCGACAACAUCCAGGGCAUCACCAAACCCGCCAUUAGACGUCUGGCUCGCCGCGGCGGAGUCAAGCGUAUCUCCGGCCUGAUCUACGAAGAGACCCGCGGUGUCCUCAAGGUCUUCCUGGAGAACGUGAUCCGUGACGCCGUCACUUAUACUGAGCACGCCAAGAGGAAGACGGUCACGGCCAUGGAUGUGGUGUACGCUCUCAAGAGGCAGGGCCGCACCCUGUAUGGCUUCGGCGGUUAAAUUCAUCGGCUAUCUCCCAUCAACCCAACGGCUCUUUUAAGAGCCACA